AUGCUGCCCACCAUCUCCGUGUCCAACGAUUGGUUUCUCAUUUCGCGUGCCUAUCGACGCGGCCGCGGCGUCCAGGUGGGCGAUAUCGUUUCGUUUGAAUCGGUGGUCGAGCCUGGUCAAAAGGCUUUCAAGAGAGUUUUGGGCUUGGAGGGGGAUUGCGUUAUGAUGGGAACGCCAGGGAGUGGGGAGACUCAGAUGAUUAGAAUUCCUGAGGGACAUUGUUGGGUAGUGGGGGAUAAUUUAGAAUGGUCAAGAGAUUCUAGGAUGUUUGGUCCAAUACCUUUGGCUUUGAUUAAGGGGAAAAUCAUCGCUAGAGUACUACCGUGGAGCGAGAGAAAAUGGUUUGAGAAUGAUUUGCGACCAGUGGCAGAUGACCAUUGA